CUUCCGCGUACGUUAAUGCUUCCAAUGGUCGUCUCAUGGAGCAGAGCUUCCAGAUCCGUCGGCUUCCACAGUGCACUAGCGUGUGGCGCGACGACCCCAGCCAGUGGCUCGGCGGAGGCUGCUUCCGCCUCAGGCGAUACGGACAGCUGACUGACCACCCUAUCCCGAACCCGCAUGGCAUCCGGAGCGUGCGGCCACUCCGGCCUCGCGGCGCCUCGCCGCCACGCCCUCCUCCUCCCGGCGCCGGCCGCUCCCCCGUGCCUCUCGCAGCGCGCCGCCCGCCGGAGGAGCCACGCUCGGCUCGCCUGCGCUGGCGCCGGCCAACACGCCUCCGGCCUGGAAUUCGGUCACCGUCCUCCUCCCCGCCACUGCUGGACCGCUGGCGUGGGGGCUCGGGCUGUCUCGUCUUGCCUCGUAAGAUGUAGGUUGUUGUCAUGGUUGAAGCCAAUAAGGUAUGAUGUCAGAGUGCAAACAUCUAACAUAGACCUUGGAGCUGGGAGCUAUGGAGGAGAUGAAGCAGGUGGCCGCAGGGAACAGUUGGAUAGUUCUGGUACCAAAAGUUCAAAUGAACCAGCAAAACCAGUUUCGGGAUCUCGUUACAUGCAAGCUAUUGCUGCCGUGCUACUUCUGUGUGCCCUGGCAUCUGCUUUUAUCGUUUUCUUUAAAGGACAGCCAUCUGCAGUUGUAGCUGCACUAGCAAAGUCAGGUUUCACGGCAGCAUUUAUGCUGAUUUUUGUAUCCGAGAUCGGGGAUAAGACAUUUUUCAUUGCUGCACUACUCGCGAUGCAGUAUCAAAAGGCAUUGGUUUUACUUGGGUCAAUGGCUGCUCUUUCCCUGAUGACUAUCGUGAGUGUCGUGAUUGGACGGAUCUUUCAGUCUGUACCAGCACAAUUUCAAACAACAUUACCCAUAGGAGAAUAUGCAGCGGUUGCGCUCCUUGCAUUUUUUGGUUUCAAAUCAAUUAAAGAUGCAUGGGCACUUCCAGAUAAAGUGAAUGGGGAUCUUCAAGAAAGCUCUGAAUCUGGUGAACUGGCUGAAGCUGAGGAGCUUGUUAAGGAAAAGGCUUCACUGAAAAUCACCAGUCCUCUUGCGAUUCUCUGGAAAUCCUUCAGUCUUGUUUUCUUUGCGGAGUGGGGGGAUCGCUCUAUGCUGGCUACAAUUGCUUUGGGUGCCGCACAGUCUCCUUUGGGCGUUGCUAGCGGGGCCAUAGCUGGACACUUGGUUGCAACUUUGCUUGCGAUCAUCGGGGGAGCAUUCCUAGCCAACUACCUAUCCGAGAAGCUGGUUGGCCUGCUGGGAGGAGUAUUGUUUUUGUUAUUCGCCGCCGCCACGCUUUUCGGCGUGUUCUGAUCUCUCUGAAGGAUCUGUUGGUAGCAGAAGUUCUCCGCCGCGCCAAUGUGGUAAUCCAUUCUGAAGUUUGAGGGCAGUUCCCCACUCUAAAGUUUUAGUUUUGCAAAAUUUCACUGUAUGUAAUUAGGCAUUCGUGUACUCUUGGGAAGAUUUAGAUGUGCAUAAUUUGAGCCAUGUUUGAUGAGCGAUGUAUGUGUCUUAGGAUGUCUGGAUUCCUGUUGCUGUGUUGGACACUAAACACUUACCUCAAUAGAACUGUCCAUAAGCCGUCGCCCUUAUAUGUUCGAGAGACCUGUGCCUGUAAACUCGCUGUAAACUUGCAAUUGCACCUUUGGCUGUGUUAUCAAUAAGGCUUUGUUUA